GAUAUCUAUUUAAAAUGUACAUAUUCUCUCUCUAACAAAAGUUGUAUUGAAAAGUGAAUCUCAGAGGACUUUACUAAAGCCUCUACUGAUUCCGUCAUGUCGCCUCUUAGAUGAAAGAUGCUCUGUUUAUUCUUUUACCCUUUUCCUCUUUGCAAAUCAAACUGAAUCAUUUCUGAUUAAACUCGUUGAAAGGUCACUACCCAAUGCUUAUUCCGUCAUGAUUUCUAUUUAUUUCUUCUUCUGCCUUCUGGUAGGAGCUUCCAAUGCUUCGUUUGUUGCCAAAUUUCGAACUAAUGAUAGCUUUUCCACCUCUAGAUUUACACACAGUCCCAGCAACAGAUUGCCCAUUUCCUCAAAUUUGGCUUUCACCACCCAAAAGCCAUUAAAUUUACUAGCAGACUAUACCGGACAGAGCAUCAGCGACAAAUUGGAGUCUACCAAUGUUAUAAUCAGCGGAAACCUCACAAUUUCAAGCGAAAACCACACUUUUCAGCUUGGCUUUUUCAGCCCAAAUGAAGGUUCAAAAUGGUAUCUGGGCAUUUGGUACGCAUCAACCCCGACUCCAACUUAUGUCUGGGUAGCAAAUCGCGAAACACCAGUCACCAAUCUUGCCUCUUCCACACUACAAAUCACUGAAACUGGCAAACUGGCGAUAAUAGAGUCGCCAAAUUCUAUCAUUUGGCAGAGCGCAAACAAUGAGCCAGCAACGGAUUUUCGCUUUCUAAACGAUGGAAAUCUGGUCCUACUAUCAGCCAACCGGUCACUAUUGUGGCAAAGUUUCGAUUACCCAACAGACACUUGGCUGCCUGGCAUGAACAUCACCAAAGAGCGAUCUUUAACCUCUUGGCGGAGCUUAGCCGACCCAUCGCCUGGGUUAUACUCUCUCAGGCUAAGCCGAGGGCACAACGAAUUUGAUCUUUUAUAUAACGCAAGCGUCAGUUACUGGAGCACUGGCAACUGGACAGGUUCGACAUUCGUCGGUGUACCCGAAAUGACAGUACCGUACAUAUACAAGUUCCACUUUGCCAAUCCUUAUACCCCUGCGGCGUCGUUUUGGUACACGGAAAUUGCAUUAGAUAGAGCGCUGAGCCCGCCGUUGACGCGAUUUCAAGUGGAUGUCGACGGGCAAUUGAAACAAUAUACAUGGUCCGUGCAGGCGGAGAAUUGGAAUAUGUUCUGGUCACAGCCGGAGAAUCGGUGUAAAGUUUAUCGGUUAUGCGGAGAUUUGGGAUUUUGUAAAAUCAGUUCCACAUCGCCAAAGCCUUGCUUUUGCCUUUCAGGGUUUAGGCCUGUUAGUGAUUACGAUUGGGAGUUUGGGGAUUAUUCUGGCGGCUGUCGCAGGGAGAGUGGGGAUUCCUGUAACGAGACUGAUAUCUUCAUGGAGGUUGGUGUCAUGGAGUAUGAGGGAGCCGUUACGAUGUCGUUUCCUGGUAGUAGAAGCUUUUGCGAGAGGUCUUGUUUGGGUAAUUGUUCGUGUAUCGGUUUUCUCCAUGACGAGAGGACUAAUUUAUGCAAGAACUUAUAUGGGACUUUAUUGAAUUUGAGAAAUCUAAGCUCUGAUAGAACAUAUCAAGAUAUUCUGUUUGUUAGGGUGCCAAAAGAAGGAACCGUAAAGAAGGAUGAGUCGAAGUCUGUGCUUUUGAUUGUUAGCAUUCUUGUGUCUGUUGCCCUUGUUGGGUUAGCAAUAGGAAUUUUGCUGACUCUGCAGAUGAGGAGGAGGAGCAAGGGGAGAAGGGAAGAUGGGGGCUUUCUGGUAUUGAAUUUGAAGGUAUUUUCUUACAAGGAGCUGUAUGCAGCAACUCGGGGUUUCUCAGAUAAACUUGGGCACGGUGGAUUUGGUGCAGUGUUUCAAGGUGAGUUAUUAGAUUCUACUCCUGUUGCUGUGAAACGCCUUGAAAGGCCAGGGAGUGGAGAGAGAGAGUUCAGGGCAGAGGUGUGUACGAUUGGGAACAUUCAACAUGUCAAUCUAGUGAGGCUUAGAGGAUUUUGCUCAGAGAAUUCUCAUAGACUUUUAGUUUAUGAUUACAUGCCAAAUGGUUCUUUGAGUGUUUAUUUACGCCAAGGUGGUCCUAGUUUGAGCUGGGAUGUUAGAUUUCGUGUAGCAGUUGGGACUGCUAGAGGCAUUGCAUAUUUACACGAGGAAUGUCGGGAUUGCAUCAUCCACUGUGAUAUCAAACCAGACAACAUCCUUUUGGAUGGUGAUUACACUCCUAAGGUAUCUGAUUUUGGCCUAGCAAAGCUUGUUGGUCGUGACUUUAGUCGAGUUUUAGCCACCAUGAGAGGUACCUGGGGCUAUGUGGCCCCAGAGUGGAUAUCUGGAGUGGCCAUUACCACGAAAGCAGAUGUUUAUAGCUAUGGAAUGACAUUAUUGGAGUUGCUUGGAGGCCGAAGAAAUGUUGAGGCACCAGUAUCUGCAGCUGGUGGCAAUGGCAGCAGAGAGGGAGAAAAGGGGGAGAAAUGGUUUUUCCCACCAUAUGCUGCACAACAAAUAAUUGAAGGCAAUGUAGCAGCAGUGGUAGAUUAUAGGCUCGGCAGCGCAUAUAAAAUUGAGGAGGCGGAGCGUGUUGCAUUGGUGGCAAUUUGGUGCAUACAGGAUAAUGAGAACAUGAGGCCCACAAUGGGGAUGGUAGUGAAGAUGCUAGAGGGGGUAGUGGAAGUGCCCUUUCCCCCAGCACCAAAAUUGUUACAAGCAUUGAUUUCUGGAGAUUCUUACCAUGGAAUUCAGAUAGAUUCUGGAAAUGGUGUAUCUAUCACUGGUGAUUGUUCUGGUGAUAAUAUGGGAGUAUCUAGUUGUGGUUCACAAUCAUCUCCUGCUAAUGCCAACUUCCCUGUAAAUGGGAAUGUGAAUGUUUAACUAACAAGAUCAUUGGAGAUGAGUGGAUAACUGACCCAAAGCUAAUUACUUGACAAGUCCUAUGGUAUCUGUUAUCUGUUUCCCUUUAAUAGUUUUGGCUUUGCUCUUUUCUUCCGCUCUUUAUGAGUUGCAGAAUAUCAUGUGUAAAAUGAGUUGCUGCUGUAAGGAAGUUUUGCCUGCUUUAUAUUUGAAAUGAUUUCAAGUUCUGCAA